AUGCAAGUACAAACGUUUGGUGACGGACCGCGCUUCUCGCCCGUUACCUCGAGCGACCAUGCUGGGCAGCUGUGGAUUGUAACCAUCCUGGCGCUCGUCUACAGCACGCUCGUCAGCACGGCGAGGGCAUACGUCAAGUACAAGAUGUUUGGGAUAGACGACAUCCUCAUCGCUUUCGCAACAAUUUUGCAACUCGCACAAUGUAUUGCCAUCUUUGUGGGACUGGGAACUGGUGGCCUUGGCAAGUUCAACUCCAUCACGACGCCGGCGCAAUGGGCGACGUCUUCCAAAUCAACAUUAGCGGCCAUUAUUCUAGGCUUUCUGACGAUGUGCCUGUCGAAAUGUUCGCUCCUCGCUCUUGUACUCCGAAUCAUCGGCCGAAAGACGGGCAAGAGCAGGCCCAUCUGCAUCGCCAUGAUGGUUGUGAGCGCGCUGUGGGGAGUGGGAUCUUGCGUGGCGUACCUAUCAAACUGUCGAGCUGAUACGCUAUUGACACCGGACAACAUUACACAAUGUCCAGGUCAGGAAACACGAUGGGCAGUUAUCACGGCGAUUGACAUAUUCACCGAAGUUGCUGCCUGGCUGCUGAUGGUGGAGCUGACCUGGAACGUCAACAUGUCGGCCGCGCGCAAGCUCCAAGUCAUCAUGGCAUUUUCCUUUCGGCUGCCGCUCGCCGUCCUCGCCGGCCUCCACCUGUUCUACUUUCACCGUUACCCGUCGGCUGCCGAGCCGCAGUUCGCCGUCAUUGACAGCCUACUCUUCCAGCAGGCCAUGAUCUCGUGGUCCCUCAUCUCAGCGACGGUACCGAACCUCAAGAAUUUUCUCAAAUCUUUUUCGCUUGGCAUGGGAUUCCCGCUGGCGUACGACGACACCAUGACCGGCUCUGGCGGCGCGUACGCGAUGCGAUCUUUUGCUAAUAGUCGCUCCAAGGGAACGGCAGUAGGGGCGGGCAACACGGGGGUUGUGUCGACGACCAUCUCGGCAAGACGGAGGUCGGACGCCGGAUUACCUGCUCAGCCGUCGCAGCAGGGUUGGCCGGCGGAGGGUGUGCUGUCAGGGCCGGCGGAGGGUGUGCUGUCAGGGCAGGCGACGGAGGGGCAGUCGUAUGCGACGAGCAGCAGGGAGCACGUGGAUGAGGACGCAAGCUCCAGGACGGGGAGCCAAGACAUGAUUAUCAGCAAGGAGAUUGCUUGGAAGAUAACUUAUGAAGAUCGGUCCUAG